AUGACGCCAAUUACAGACCAUGAUAAGGUUGUUAUCAAUGCUAUUUUUAAUCCAAACUAUCCGCUUGAUUUUGACAGCUUUCUUCAAUUGGACACAUUGGUAUCAGCACAAAAUAAGAAACAAGCACUAGAAAUCAAACGAUUUGAAGAAGAAGACAAAAAUGAAGCAUCACUUGAAGAUUUCAAACAAGCUGCUGAACUAGGUUCACCAUUUGCUAAACAACAAGUUCUUCUUACCAAUCCGUAUGCGGCCGCUUGCAACCAAAUGCUCUUGAAAAUGAUGAAACAGGCAUCGUUUGCUCAAUAAUACAUUUCAUUUAAAUCCAGUCCUUCAAUGAUUAUCUCUUUUGAUUUUUAAGAAUGAAUGGCUUUUCUUUUUCUAUAUAUAAUAAAUACGGCAUGAUAUUUGAUUUCCUGUACGUUCAUCCCUAAUAAAAUUGUAUUAUUGUCGAUCCAGAACAGAGAUGGGCAAGUCAUUUUUUCAAGUCAUUUCGAAAAAUCUUCAUAUCUUUUCUCAUUUGAAGAGCAUGUCUCUAAUUUCAAUGUGCCCAAGUUCAGAAAUGUUCAGGCUACAAAAUGAUAUAUUAUGGUCAAAGUUUUUCUCCAUGAGAAGAGCUGUAAUACUUUUAAAACACCAUGGUUUGACUUGACCUGAUUAAGUCAAGUCAUUUUCAUCAAGUCAAGGUGUUUUAAAGAUAUUACGAUACUUUUGGUGAAGAAAAUCUUUGACCAUAAUAUAUCAUUGAGUAGCCUGAACAUUUCUCAAUUGAGCCAAAUUGAAAUUAAAGACAUUCUUUUCCAAUGAGAAACGGUAUGAACAUUUUUUGAAAUGACUUGAACAAAUGACUCGCCCAUCUCUGAUCCAGAAAUCCAAGGCAGGGGGUUGUUUUUUGAACAACUUUCGAUAAUAACUGGUCACAUAUAUGCGAUGUUUAUCCUUGAACAGAGAACACAAGUGAGCAUUCAAGUAACUGGAAUUUACUAGAACAAUAAUCGUUCAAUCAGUGAUAUUCUUGGUGGACAUUUCGAAGCAAUAUUAUGAAUAUAUGAAGAGAGAAUUGAGUAGAUAACUGCUACGAAGUACAUUAGAAUUUAAUCAAAAUUCAAGGUUAUAUUUUGGCUGUGGUUGUGGGUGUGAGGUGUGGGUGUUAAUAUCUUUAACCCACACCCACACCCACACCCAGAUACCGAGCUAUUUGAAACUAUUCUAUGCUCAUAUCCAUCUCGACUUCGUGAAGUAAAGAAUGCAAAUGAUCGUCAUACUAAUUAUUCAUUGUAUUCAUAAAAUGAUGAAAAAAUAAACAAUUUUGCCUUACAUUUAGUUCAAAGUUUAUCUCAUGAAAAAUUUUUCUCAUACUUGUAGUCGGUAAAAUACUACAAAUUUUAACAGUUCAAUAUACGAAAGUUCGCCUAAUCCAAAUUUUUUAGCAUUAAUAAAUCCAUUUUUGACGGGCUUUCAUUUGAUAUACAAUUCAUUACAUACCCUAUUUCAAAUUAUUGCGUUACAUCCCGGGCAAAAUAUUAUUUCCAACCCUGUACAUGUGUUUGCAUCUUUUGAUGAAGGUUUUUUUUGUUUUUUUCAUAGAAAAAAAUAUACUUGAUUGCGAACGCAUGAGUUAGUUCCCAUUAGUCACGGUGUAUAGCUAGUGUUACAAUAUUUGAAAUGAAAGAACGAAACACAGACACAUCACCAUCAUGUAGCUAACGAAUCAACACAGAGAUAUAAUAACAUCAUAUGCAUUUCGUUUGAUUAUGAUGUAUUAUUUUUGCAGCAUUGUAAGCAAAAGAUUUCAUGUCAGCAGAAAAAAUAUAAGCAUAAUUAGUAAAGGAAUAGGGCAUAAACAAAUUCAUGAGAAAAGAAAGAAUGAAAAAAAAAGAAAAAUAAUCGAAAAUGGUCACUGUCACUAGAAAAAGCGAUUGAGGAUAUAUUAUUUUGGUCCUUGUGUUGCAUGCAAAUAGUAGAUAAACAACUGCAACAUGAAAAUAGAAUGAUAUUCUCUGAGACAUUUUAUACCUAAAAUGAAAUCAAUUAUAUUGGAAUUCUAGUACAGAAAUAUAUGGAAAAAUUGCUCGUAUGAUGAGGGUUACGACUUUGAAUAAGACUAAUUUCACGCAUGCGAUACAUUCGCUUGUCUUCAAAUAGUCAAUUCUCUCUUUCAAUGAUCGCUAUUCUCUUCCACUAUUUCAGAAUUGGUAUAAACAGAUUAUCUCCUAGAGUUUACACAAUCAAUUUUUUUUAGAUUCCUUGAUGACAUGAUUUAAUAUACAGUAAAUUUUUAAUUCAAAUCUGUCUACUUUGAACGAGCUAUGUAUUUUAUAAAAGUCAUAUCAAAAGUGCUGUUUUUCUCUACUACAAUUCUCAGAAAAAUGGAAUAUAAUUACAACAGACGGAUUUUUUUAAUCAGCUUGGAUAGAUAUCUAUCAAACUCUUGCCUCUACAAAACAUUUAUUAAACGAGACAUAUAAGUUAAUCUCGAUCGAGCAGGUUAACUCUUUGAGGACCAGCGUACUUUAUAAAGUACACUUUUUAAAGUUUGUUCAAUUUUGAAUAGCUAGCAAAGGGUGUGCGUAGGGGUAUGGGUGUGAUGCGGACGUGGAUGCGCUAAAAUAUAACCAUAAUUAAUCAAUCCUGAGUAAAUAAAUAAAUCCCGUAGAAAAAAUAGAUCCCGAAAAAGUAAGUCUCAGUAGCCCCCGAGAUGUCAAGGUUCCUAAGAAUCAUGAAUGCACUUCAACACGCAUUUUAACGCAUUUUCGGAUAGACUGAAAUGUUUUAUUUAUGUUCUACUUCCUUUUUGUGAUCAUUUGGUGUGUGCUCUGGAUUUCUGAGAAUGGAAACUGGACUAUGUUUCAGGUUUUUUAGAACAGGAAUGAAAUAGGAAACUGACAUUUUUACUCAAAGAUAUGUUCUGCACCUAAUUUCGUUUCAUUUCUUUGAAUUGCUUAUCUUGUCAUAGAAUUUCACUAUCGUCUUCAUUUGACAUAUAUUUUAUUGCACGUUAUGGUUCCCAUCGACCAAUUUCAAUGAGCUAUAAUUAACUCACGCAGAAAACUAUCUGAUGUUAUGUGCUUCAGCGGAUGUGAAUUCUCUUGAAUGAUCAAAAUAGAUGAACAAACAAAGUGAUUUGUUUUUUUUUUAUACCGCCCGCUUAUUUUCUUCUUUGCUAGUGUCUAAAUAAUUUUUGAUACAGUGAUAUUACCUCAUGGAAAGUUAUAUAUACUAAAGUUAAUUCAUCAAUGCAUACUUGCAACAUGAACACGGAGGAAAAACUACAUGUUUUUAUGUUUUCAUGAACCCAGGACAAGCAAUCCUUGCAGCCGGAUUCCGGUCCGGAUAUCGUCGGAUUUUGUCGGAAUCCGACAAAAUCCGGCAAAAUCUGGAAAAAUCUGGAUGAAUCCGGCACGGGUUCUGUCGGAUCCGGAGGUCGGAAUCCGGCCGCAAAGAUUUUGGUAGUUUCCGACAGAAACCGACCGGGAUUUGCCCCCGUCCGACAAGAUCCGACGCCACCAACUUGUCCUGGGCUACUAUAUGGGGGGGGGGGUACUCUUGGGUUCUCAAGGCCUACUAUAGGGGGUAACCUUGCGUCCUCAAGGCCUACUAUAGGGCGGUACACUUGAGUCCUCAAGGUCUACUAUAGGAGGGUAGCCUUGGGCCCUCAAGGCCUACUAUAGGGAGGUACCCUUGGGACCUCCACGGCCACUAUAUGGGGGUACCCUUGGGUCCUCAAAGCCAACUAUAGGAGGGUACCCUUGGGCCCUCAAGGCCUAGCAUAGUGGGGCACCCUUGGGUCCUCAAGGCCUACUAUAGGGGGGCACUCUUCGGUCCUCAAGGUCUACUGUACGGGGGUACACGUGGCUCCUCAAAGCCUACUAUUGGAGGGUACCCUUGGGUCUUCAAGGUCUACUAUAGGGGGUGCCGUUGCGUCGUCAAGGCCUACUAUAGGGGGUACCCUAGGGUCCUCAAGGCCUACUAUAGGGGGGGGGGGGUACCCUUGGGCCCUCCAGGCCUAAUAUAGGGGGGUACCCUUGGGUCCUCAAGGCUUACUAUAGGGGGGCACACUUCGGUCCUCAAGGCCUACUAUUCAGGGUACCCAUAGAUCAUUCAGUUUCAAUGUUCAGGGAUACCCAUCGGUACUGAAGUCCCACUAUAGGGUGCCACGUGAGAUCCUCAAGUUCUACUAUACUGAUACCCUUCGGUCCUAGAGUCCUGCUUGUUAAGGAGUAUCCAUCUGCCAUAAAGUUAUACUAUAGGGUAACCCUUAGGUCAUCCAGUCCUACUAUUGGGGGGGAGGGGCAAGCAACACCUUCUGAAUUGCUAUUAUUGGCGAUACCUUUCGACCUCAAGCAUUGUAUCCAGGCGUACCCUUCAGUUCUCAACAAUCACUAGGCAUGACCCGAACCCAAACCGUUUGGGUUUGGUAAGUUUGGGUUUGGAUAAUGAGUUUGGGUUUGGGUUUGGCUAUUGAGUUUGGGUUUGGGUUUGGGUUUGGGUUUUGAUUAGAAUCCUUUAUUUAUUUUCAUAUAGAAUUAACGCAUAGGAGUAACAAUUUGAAGGCCCACCGCUCUCGAACGCCGGUGGAUACUCCUAUGGCAGCUUCAGAAACUGUGACAGAUACCUUAGUAUCACCACGCUCCUUAUCUCUAUACACAGUUGCACACAUGUCUAUCCCAUGUAAAACAAAAUGUACGAACAAUCUACUGUUAAAUGCUUUCAAAAGUCGGUUUUAAACCGGUAAUAGUACUUAGAAAUGAACACUUUUAAGUACUUAUGCAUAAUUUUCGAGCAAAAAGUACUAAUAAGUACUACUGAAAGUGUGAAAAAGUACUAAAACUUACUAGAAAAAGUACAAAAUAGUGGAAAAAUUUACAGUAAAAUCUCCCACUUUAAACACCUCUUGAAUGUGAACACCUCCGUAUAGUCAAUACUCUGAAUUCCGACCAAGCGGUUUUUGCUUGAAAUGAACCUUUCUACACUCUAAGAAAAAAUAGUUAUACUAUCGAACCUUUUUAAGUUCCGCAGCAGCUACAAAACCUAAAAUGGUUCUUAUCCUGGACACACGCGCGAAAUCUUUGGUACGAAAUCAUUUUAAGAUCGGAGGGACCCAAAAAGGUUCGGCAUGAAAAAUGCGGGU